ACGGAGCAGCACAGCUGUGUCCGGCUGCAGGGCCAAGAGCACACUGUCAGGGGAGAGCCGCACCUCCUCCUCCAGCAGCCGCACGGUCAGAAUCUCGCGGUCGCAGCCCCGGCAGCAGGACAGACACCAAUCACAAGGCACCUCUGAGAACGUAAGGAUGCAGCUGUCUCCAGCCCUUGCCUGCCUAGCCCUGGGCCUGGCCCUCGUCUCUGGGGAAGGGUCCGCCUUACACCCUCACCAAUCUCAGGCAGCCCGACUGGUCACAGACUUCGGGGUGAAGGUGUUUCGGCAGGUGGCGCAGGCCUCCAAGGAGCGCAACGUGGUCUUCUCACCCUAUGGGGUGGCUUCUGUGCUGGCCAUGCUGCAGCUGACGACAGCAGGAGAGACUCAGCAGCAGAUCCAGGCGGCAAUGGGAUUCAAGAUUGAUGAGAAGGACACAGCCACUGCUCUGCGCCGACUGUACAAGGAGCUCAUGGGGCCCUGGAACAAGGAUGAGAUCAGCACCACCGAUGCCAUCUUCGUCCAGCGGGACCUGAAGCUUGUCCCAGGCUUCAUGCCCCACUUUUUUCGGCUGUUCCGAACCACGAUCAAACAGGUGGACUUUUCAGAGGUGGAGAGAGCUCGAUUCAUCAUCAAUGACUGGGUCAAGAGACACACAAAAGGUAUGAUCAGCAACUUGCUAGGCGAAGGGGCUGUAAAUCAGCUGACUCGCCUGGUCCUGGCAAACGCCCUCUACUUCAAUGGUCAAUGGAAGACGCCCUUCCCAAAUUCAGGCACCCACCACGGCCUCUUCCACAAAUCUGAUGGCAGCACUGUUUCUGUGCCUAUGAUGACUCAGACCAACAAGUUCAACUACACUGAGUUUACCACUCCUGAUGGCCAUUACUAUGACAUCCUGGAACUGCCCUACCAUGGGGACACCCUCAGCAUGUUCAUUGCUGCUCCCUAUGAAAAAGAAGUGCCUCUCUCUGCCCUCACCAACAUCUUGGAUGCCCAGCUCAUCAGCCAGUGGAAAGGCAACAUGACCAGACUGCCCCGCCUCCUGGUUCUGCCCAAGUUUUCCCUGGAGAGCGAAGUUGAUCUCAGAAGGCCCCUGGAGGACUUGGGGAUGACUGACAUGUUUAGGCCUAAUCGCGCAGACUUCUCAAGUCUUUCAGACCAGGAGCUUCUGUAUGUGUCACAGGCACUGCAAAAAGUGAAGAUUGAGGUGAACGAGAGUGGCACAGUGGCAUCCUCCUCCACAGCCAUCCUAGUGUCAGCGCGAAUGGCCCCCGAAGAGAUCAUCAUGGACAGACCCUUCCUCUUUGUGGUUCGACACAACCCGACAGGAACGAUCCUUUUUCUGGGCCAAGUGAUGGAACCCUGACCAUGAGAAAAGAAGCCCUCCUCUGGGACAAAACUGGACAUAUAUCAGAAAAGAAGAAGCUCCGAAGAAAUGAAUGUUUGUUUGAAUAACUCUUCCUGGAGACAGAGAAGACAUUUGCCUUUUUUUUUUUUUAAAAA